AUUGGCCGGAAUUCGUCUAAACAAAUUAUGCUAAAAAUGUAACUCCAGACGUUUAUACAGUGAAGGAUUCAGCGUGGCAGAUCGGCGAAAUCCAACAGAGUUCUAAUUUGGAUCUUUUAAAACAAUUCAAGUCAGUAAAAUACAUUCAGUAUGGAAGCAAAUACCAAAUACGACAGACUCCAAGAUGAUCAGAAUCAACCAGUUAUGACACAGCCAGGUGUAGCCAACCCACCUCCAUAUUCUGGACCAGAAUACCCUCAGCAAGGCUAUCCUGCCCAAGGGUAUCCCCCACAGGGUUACCCUUCUCAGCCUGCUGGGGUGUCACACACCACUACUAAUGUUGUUGUGGUUAACCAGCAACCAACCUUCAUAGUGCAAGGGAAAAGAGAUUGGCAUAGUGGGAUGUGUGCUUGUUUUGAUGAUAUGGGCUCUUGUUGCUGUGCAAUAUGGUGUCCAAUGUGCUUGUUGUACGAAAUCACCCAGAAGAUGGGUGAAGAUUGCUGCUUCUGUCUUUGCUGCCCACUGGAAGCCAUGUUUGGACUCAGGGUACAACUCAGAACUGAACAGAACAUUCAGGGAUCCCUCUGUAAUGACUACUGCUCAAUUAUUUGGUGUCAGUCAUGUGUUUUGUGCCAGAUGUCAAGGGAACUCAAGCAUCUUGGACGCUAGAACUGCACCAGCCUUCUUUGUUUGGGCAUAGUACUGUAUCUGUUCCAUGUCACUUCCUUUAGGAUUAUUUCUUUGUUUAUAGUAAACCAAUAAUUCCAUUCCAAGAUUGAUGUUUGAAAUGGGUAAAAAUUAUGCCUAACACAAAAAUCUGGCAGUGUCGAUAAAAGUUCUACAAAGUUUUAUUACUCAAAUCAAGGACAGCCAAAAUAAUUUAGAAACUGACAAACAAUAGAAAAUGUUGAAAUGUCUGACAUGUAUUGUAAUAUAGUUGCAUAUUAUUGGUGUUAAGCACAUUAAUACUUUUAUAGCAUGAUAGUUAAAUGUAUUUUAAGAAUAAGGGAGGAAAGGUUGUUUGUAAUGAUUUUUAAGAGUAUAAAAUAAAAGGCGACCACAACAUGAAA